AUGAUUCGUUUACCACCCACCAGUAUUUCCCUGUCCGAGGGUGAUGUAGAGUUCCACCUGGGACAGGCUCAAACUUACUAUGGCUUACUGAAGCAGGGAUACAAGAAGCAUGAUGUCGCUCGCUAUCUUGAUGACUAUCGAGAGGCCGCUAUAGAUCUUACUGCCCAGAGCUCCAUUGGCUUCAGGCCAGUCCCAAGCACCUUUGACCUGGCUUGUCGUCAGGUCAUCAAAGGCUCAGAGCAUGUUGAUGAGGCGACACAACACUCUAAUCAGUUUACUGACCAGGCAUCAAAUUCAGAGUCGACUCAACCAUCCGCUUCCUCUUUGAACCCCAUUGCAAGGUCAUUCUCUGAGGACUAUGGCACCAUCGUACAGCAAGAGCCUUCCGAGACCGAAGACGUCGAUGACCAAGAGUCUGUUUCCCCCGUACCUUUCAUUCCGCAGAUUCAACUCGCCAGGCAUGCUCCGCGUAAAAGCUCGUUGCUCCGCUUCGCAGAGGCAGCUUCACCAGAACGCAAAUCAGAACAGACACCGGCGAGUCUCUCCGUCACGCGUAAUGGCAUCAAGAGUUACAGGCGUCGCAGUCUCACCUACCCCUACCGAUCCUCGGAAGUGGACGCACAGGCACUCAUCUCAACCUCUCAAGAAUCGCUUGUUGAACAACUUGACCGGAUGUCCGUUCGACAGACAAGCACACAGAGUGAGCCUAACAUGGAAGACUUGGAUAGCAUGCCGUUUGAACUGCCACCUGCCUUGUCUUCUACGUCGACUUCCUGGUCAUUUUAUGACGACUUGGUGCCACGGCCACGGUCAGACGACCAGGACACUGGCGGUGGUCAAACAGCUCGACGAAGCAGCAGUCUACUUGGACAUGCCAGGCCAGCCGUAUAUCUUCCGAGUUCACCUCCUUAUGCCGCCUCACCUGUUGACAACCCAUCCCAGGAGGAUCCUACCACAACCUCGCCUGAUUUGCCGACCACUCCAACUCCGAUUCGAAACGCAAUGACCUAUGCGCGCACCGAGCCAAGACAUCACAGGCACCACUAUUUGGAUGGCGGUUCGUUCUCUGUAUACAAUGAUUCGCUGCCUGCAAGCUCUCAACCACAGACGCCGGCUGAUCUGUCCAGAGGCCGCUUAGUCGCCCAAAACGAUGCCGCCUACACAGCGCCACCAGGAAUGGUUCGUGCCGGAUCGGCCUCGGUCUCGAACCAAGAUGGGAACAGGUGGGAUGGCAAUGUGGGAGAACAGAGCCCUACUGUGCGGGCCAUCAAUCUACGUGAGCGGCGGAAUCGAGAACUGCAAAGAAGUGUAAGAGCAGAAGGCGUCAGGCUGCAAAGACUGAGGAUGCGGGAUGAAGCUCUGUUCACACAAGGUACUGCCGCAGCAAAUCCACCUGCUCGCGGCAUCGGAACAGGGGAAGGAGCGCCAGGGGAGAUGUUGCAAGAUAUAUGGAGGGAUGACCUUGACGCGGACCGGGUUGGAGAAGAAAACUUUGAGCCAGAACUCGAUGUCACUCGACCAAGGACGAUGCGGGUGGUCAGUGGAAAUGCGAGGUUCGAAGGCUGGGAAGGUGGACCGGAUAGGUAGGGUAGAAGACGAAAGGGGUCGCUGUUGUGCUGCGUGCAUGCUCAAGACUGCAGGGUUUGCUCCAGGUUCGCUACUCGAACAUCAUCCGUAUGUGACUCAUGCUAGCACUGUCUACUUACUGUGGCCAUAGAUAGAAUUGAGCAUUUGCUUAAACACCUGUCCGGGAAUUCUCAAGGCGAGUUGCACAGCAAUGUUUGAGACUCUCUUCCGACAGUAAGGAUGCCUCCGUGGCUGAUAGGCUCCGCCUGUGACCAUUAUCGACUGGGCGAUUGUCACGUCAGGUCUGUCCGGCAAGUCUCCGUGUCAGUGACUUGGAGUGCAAGCGCGUCGAAGUGUCUUCCCAGCUUCAAGAUACGCAGCAA